AUACUUAGUCCUUACAAUUCAGCACACUAGUUGCGUUUCGAAUGAUAACGUGCGCACAGUUUUGCCUCACUAAUCCGUAGUUGUCCUCCUAUAAGAACAAAGAGCGUACUAGUUAGUGCACGGCCCUGAAGCUGGCGAAAGUGGACUGUAUCAUGUUCCAGUGUUUAGUGACGCUGAGCGCUGUAAGCGGGAGCGCGCACGUCUGUCGGCCGGGAACCCGCCGGCUGCAAAGCGUCCUUUUCGGUUCCCGUGGCAACCCAAACCACAAGUCAACGCACACGGAACGAGAAAGGGAGAGCGACAGAGGGGUUGCGGUUCAAAGUUUCGGGUCUCCUAAAUCCACCUUGAACCCUGACAAAGACGAAUCUUGACGGGCCGCAAGGAAGUGAAUGAUGGAGAACCUAUGCCACACCCUAGCGCCGUUGUCCCCGUGUUCCGCCGCUUUCGGGGGGCCCUUAUCUCCCUCUUGUCACAUGACCUCCCUUCCCCUGUCGCCCAUCUCCUUCCCUCCGUCGCCGACCAUGGCUGAGUCCCUCCCAUCUUCCUCCUCAUCUUCCUCCGCUUCCUCCUCCUCAUGCUCUCCCCUUUCAAACUGCAUGGCGUCCCAACACCUGGAGGGUCCCCUGAACACGUGGGCCCAGGACGACCUGACGUGCCUCAGUUGGCUGCACCAAAGGGGCAACCUUCUCCCACUCCAGCCACUCCCCAAAGCCACCCGACCUCAGCCCAGAGGAGAGUCCGGACGGGAUCCUGCCUCGACCAAGCCACCGUACUCUUUCAGCAGCCUGAUUUUCAUGGCCAUAGAGGAGUCGGUGGACAAGAGGCUGCCGGUAAAGGACAUCUACAGCUGGAUCGUGGACAAGUUCCCCUACUACAGGACAGCCAGCGCGGGAUGGAGGAACUCGGUUCGGCACAAUCUGUCUUUGAGCAAGAGCUUCUGCCGCAUGGAGAGGGAAAAAAGUCAGUCGGUGGGGAAAGGAUCUCUGUGGCGCGUGAAUCCAGAGCAUCGAGCGGCACUGCUAGAAGUUCUUCGGAAGACGCACGCCUACCACAGCAACAGCACCAGCCUCAUAAACCAACCUGCCCUGUUGGAAGGCGUGGACUAUGGCGUGUCUGUAGUGUGUGACUCCAUGGAAAUGUCAGAUUGUCUCCCUCACACACUGAUGCUGUCCGCCCCAUCGCCCAACACCCCCAGCGGAGAUAAUCCUGCUUUCUCCGAACACCCGGAUUUCCCCUUGACCCCAGAGCAUGAGGAGCUAGUGGCCAUCGAGCCGGUGGAAUACCAAGCGGAGGAUCUGAGCGGGGACUUGAACAAAGACCCACUGGCCGACAGCGGCUACAUCGAGCUGCACUACUACCAGUCUCCCGAGUACCAGUACCUGGUCUUACCCGAUGACACGGAGUUGGACCUGGAGACGGUGGAGAUCCUACAGCUGGACACUGAGGCACAGGAGGCAGCUGGUUCGCUGCUGGAUUUAGCGGGGAGGGGAUGUUAAGAGCCUUUUUGGUCAUCACUGUAUCCUUGUCGGCGCCAACGUCACUGCCCAAUGAUUGCAAAACUUGUAUUUUUUUUUAAAUAUAGUCUAGAACCUUAUCACUUGUGUUCAAGCACUUGCCCAAUCGUACAUCAUGUAGACAAAAGUUUUGGGACACUUGCUAGCCAGUGUUUGCCAGGCACCAAACUUUUAUUCCGUAUCCUUGAUCCGGACUCUACAUGUGCGUGACAUAUGCCUACUAGUUCAGUAGUUUUACUAGAGAAAACAAUAGUUUACUAGUAAGGUUUAAUUGCAUACGAGUAGGCCAAAAGUGACACUUGUAGUGGAAAAGCACCUCUAAUGCUGUUGGACUAUUUAUUCAAUAUCCUUGAUCAGGACUUGACUGGUUCGUGACAAAUACCUACCUAUUUGUAGGCACCAUAAUCUAGUAUGAUGUAAGGAUGUUUGGAGUCACUUCACGACUAGUUGGGGAUAUUAGUAUAACUAGUGCAGCACAGUAGUUGGCUCGUGAGGUUUAGUUGCAUUCUAGCGGCGUACAUGAGCGGAAAAAAAUAUUACGAGUAAAACACAAACCUCACUAAUAAGACAUCUAGUACAGUAAUAAUAAACCAGUGCCACUUUUGAAGGUCAAUUGUUGUACUGGUUUUAAAUUACUUUAUAGUGAUAUAUCGUAUAGUGUCGCUGGCACGCGUUAGUAGAGAAAAAUAAAAAACUUGGAAGAGACAGUCUAGUGCACCUCCAUUCUGCUAGUGUUUGGAACUGUACAUCGACAAUUCAGUAUGCAUGGAAAAUUCAGUACUAGUAGGAUGUUGAACAAAUACUUUUAACAUCUUAAUCGAAAGUCCAUAAAUUAAAAAAAUAAAUGCUUGAACGGCUUUAUAAGCCAUUUGGGCCCUUAUUCGAUAAGAAAGCAACUAGUGCGUGACACAUGCCGAGUGAGGAAAAAGAGAGUACAGUACUAGUACCUGAACCUUGAGCUUGAGAUCAACAAUGUGGAAUAACUGAUCCAACAGCUUUCCAUGGUCAUCCUCAGGAACGGAUGAUGCCCUUCCAACUCAUGUAGCAUCGCUGAUUUUUUUCUAGAUUUCCUAAUUUUGAGUCAUCACGUUUCUGAGUGUGUCAAAUGUGCACAAGCUCAUUUGAAUAAUUGUCUACUAAAUUAACAUAUUCAUGUUAAUUCAAAAAGCUGAGAAACCCAUUCACAUCUUUUCCAACAUAGCCGAUAAAGAUGCAAAUUGAAAUCAUCAGACGGUGUAGUCUGAUUUGCUUGAAAAUGGCUCUGGAUCUUCACCCAGCUUCGAAAAUAAUGGGUAGAGAAACUGGACAUUGGGGGGGAGUUAAUAUAAAUUACCAUCUUCUAAGGACAUUAUAAAAUUCUAUUAUGCAACAUCUAGGUGUUAACUAAUAGGACUAGUGUGCACAUAUGUUAUAUACUGCACAGUCUUGCCUCACUAGUAAGAAGUAGUUGUUGGGGCUGCCUAGUUGUUCUACUAAUGUGCAGAAGAGCCACACAAUAAAAA